AUGCAAGCUUCAGCCCGGGUCGGACCGACUGGCACAGCAGUGACCUGUGAGACGAGUCUUCUUUGCCACGAUGAGACCACGCUGUUGGAAUACAGUCACGUGCCUGGCAAUGGCAAUUCUGUUGUAUUUUGCACCCCCAUCGCCAUCGGCAGUCAAUUGCCGCCAUCGCACCCUCACACCCCCAUCGGCUCUUUUGCCAACCGUCCACGCCCACCCUUUGCCGACCCUCCACGCCCACCCUUUGCCGAUCCUCCAAACCCACCCUUUGCCAACCCUCCACGCCCACCCUUUGCCGACCCUCCACGCCCACCCUUUGCCGACCCUCCAUGCCCACCCUUUGCCGACCCUCCAUGCCCACCCUUUGCCGACUCUCCACGCCCACCCUUUGCUGACCCUCCACGCCCACCCUUUCCCAACCCUCCACGCCCACCCUUUCCCAACCCCCCACGCCCACCCUUUGCCGACCCUCCACGUCCGCCCUUUGCCGACCCUCCACGCCCUCCUCUGCCGCCCAACGGCUCUAUUCCCAGUGAGCCCCCAACUGCAAGUAGAGGCCCAGUUAGAACCACCACCGCUGGCACAAGAUCAAGCCCAAAGUGGGACGAUGACCUCACAGCGGACCUCCUCCGCUGUAUCAUAGCGGCCAUGCGGGAUGCAGGCAGGGCGCCCUUUGCCAAAGUGCAGUGCUGGGAUGCUGUCUUCGCCCGGUGGCAUGCCCAGCAUGCCGAUUUGAACUUCACGGAAGCGCAGCUGCGAAACCGGCUAAACGCGGUGAAGGCGUGGGUCAAAGACAUCCGGCAACUCAAGUCGUGUGUCCGCCCGGGAGUGACUUGGGACCCCGCUACCGAUCGCUUCGCCCCGCAUACCAUGGUUCGUGAUACUGAUAAUAUCAUGAAGCAUGGUGGAGACGACCUCUCGAGUGGCGAUGAAGUGGCGGAUGCAGCGUAUACUAGAGGUCGGCAGCGCCGCCGGCUGGGACUUGAGCAGAGCAGUCCUCACCCGUCUGCGCCUUCAAUGGCCACCAGAUCCCAUCCUCCUGCAUCCCUCCCCCCUGCACCUGCAGCAUCCCCCGUUCCCCCACACACUGCAUCCCCACCCCCCGCUCCUGCUGCAAGCCCCACUACCGCACCCGCUGCACUCCCGUCCAUUGCAAGUAUAGGCCCAGCUAGAACCACCGCCACUGGCACAAGGUCUUUCCCAAUGUGGAACGAUGACCUCACAGCCGACCUUCUCCGCUGUGUCAUAGCGGCCAUGCGGGAUGCAGGCAGGGCGCCCUUUGCCAAAGUGCAGUGCUGGGAUGCUAUCUUCGCCCGGUGGCAUGCCCAGCAUGCCGAUUUGAACUUCACGACGGAGCAGCUGCGGAACCGGCUCAACGCAGUGAAGGCAUGGGUCAAAGACAUCAGGGAACUCAAGUCGUGGGUUCGAGAAGGUGUGAACUGGGACCCUGCACGCGACUUCUUCGACCCAAGUACCAUGGGCACCCCUCUCCAUGGCAGGAUCGAGGACUGGGGGGCGGUGCACCGCAAGUGGUUUAUGCAGGGGUUACCACGGUACUCGAAGGAGCAGCUGAGAAUCCGGUGCGGUUCGGUGCGCGGGUGGGUGAAGGAUAUUCAGUUUCUGCAGGAGCUGCUGCCGCCUGAAGUCACCUGGGACCCCACCACUCAGCCCUUCAACCCCGACCUCGAGCUGGGCAUCAGCCUGUGGCUGAAACAACAUGGGCAGUGGAAGCACUACAGGCGGUGGUGCAAGCACACGGCGCCCUGGCUGCCCCUCGCUCUGCUCAAUGUCCACACUUGCCCUGCUGAGGUGGAGUGGGAGGAGGACGAGGAGGAGUGGGAGGUGAGAAUAGUAGAACGAGAAUGGAUGAACUAUGAAUGA